UCACACAAAUUGCAACGCGCUGCACAUUUUUUUUACUAAAAUUUCUUUGACGAAUUAGAAAUAUUAUCAAAAUAUAAUGGCUGACUCACCGAGUGAGCCACGAGCCAAGCGGCAAAGAGUAGAUAAGGCAGGACGCUUUGCUGCUUUGGAAAAACUUAAACAGUUGAAGGGCAGUAAAAACAAAUAUGAGGUCCACGAAGAUGUCGAUAGUGUCUAUGAAAUAGUGGAUGAACGAGAAUAUGCGAAAAAAGCAAAACAACUAUAUGGUGAUGAUUGGAUAGAGGAUGAUGGCACUGGUUAUGCCGAAGAUGGUCGCGAUUUCUUUGAGGAUGAAGACGAAUAUUCGGAUGAUGAUGCCGCCCAUUCAUCAAAUAAAAACCAAAAGAAGGGUUCUAAAAAACGGCCACGUGAUAAUGAAAAACCUAUAAAAGGCAAAGGUUCCAUACGUAAUCUCUUUAAUAAUGCCGUUCCUAAGAAAACUUCAGCAACUUCUAUUAAAGAUGAUGACAUCUUGGCAGACAUUUUAGGCGAAUUGCAGGAUAAAACCAAUGAAUCAGCCUCCACAUCCACCGGUAAUGGUAGUGAUAAAGCGCAUAAAGUUAUAGCGCCUGCCAGAAUUGUAAGCAAUACAUCAAAAAAGUCAAAUGCUACUGUGGCUAAAGAGUAUAUGAACAGUUUUAUGAACAAUAUCAAAAUGAAAGAGUCCUCCACUAAAGCCAAAGAUAAGGAAAACAGUGAUGAUGAAUUAUUGGAUAGUAUUUUAAAAUCGAAAGCCAAUGCCACAAUAGCAAAACCUUUGGAAAUCAAAAAAGAAAUUAUCGCUAUUAAUGACAAUAAAGCAGGAGAGACUAUUUCCAAGGCCUCUGACAAAAGUUCGUCAGAAGUGGCAGUAACAGAAAAACUAGUUAUACCCGAUGAUGAUGACAUGGAUUUUAGUUGUUUGCAAGAUGAUGAAAAUCAAUUUGAAAUGGAAAAAACCCUAUCUUCAAAGGCCAAAACCACCAAAGACAAAUCCCCAAUUAAACCUGCUGCCAAAGCUACAACACCAGCAGCAGCAUCCGCUAAAAAAUCUUCACCCAUUGACCAGGAUGAAGAUAUACAAAAUUUACUCAGCAAUUGGGAAAGUAUUUGUCAAAUGGAUAAUUUUGAAGAAGAACUUACUGCCGCCACUGGUUCUUCGGAUGCCAAUGGUGAUUCUACGGAGAAUUUACGCUUCUGGUAUUGGGAAGCCUGGGAGGAUCCUUUACGUCGUCCGGGUGAAGUUUUUCUGUUCGGUCGCACGGCUGAUGGUAAAUCGAUUUGUGUGAGAGUGGAAAAAAUUGAUCGUGUGGUUUAUUUGUUGCCAAGAGAAUAUCUUUUAGAUCCUAUUUCCAAGGAGCCAACAAAGCAGAAAGUCACUUUGGCUGAUCUUUACAAAGAAUUCAAUGACACUAUAUCGGUAGAUUUGAAACUCAAUGAGUUUCGUUCCCGCAAGGUGACGAAAAAUUUUGCAUACCACUCGAUAGGCAUAGAUGUGCCACAGCAAUGCGAUUAUAUGGAAGUGCACUAUGAUGGUAAAAAACCACCACCAAAUACAAAGCAAAAAUUCAACUCUAUAGCUCAUAUUUUUGGAGCGAAUACAACUUCUUUAGAACGCUUUCUGUUGGAUCGCAAAAUAAAGGGACCCUGCUGGUUAAAUUUAAAACAAUACAAAGUGAAUCCUGCUCCAAUGAGCUGGUGUAAAACCGAUGUUACUGUAAGUGAGCCAAAAUAUUUGGUCUUAGUCGAGAAUCAAAAACCUCAACCACCGCCUGUUUUAACGUUACUGACAUUAAAUGUGCGCACUUCUUUGAACCCCAAAACGCUAAAGAAUGAAAUUUGCAUGAUAUCAAUGCUGUCACACAAUCGCUUCUUUAUCGAUAAACCUGCCCCGCAGCCGGCCUUCAAUAAACACAUGUGUGGUCUGACAAGGCCUUCCUUGUGUUCGUGGCCUUUCGAUUUGAAUGCCAAGCUUAACAAAUACAAUGCCACCAAGGUGUUUAAACAUGAUUCAGAAAGAUCUUUGAUUAUUUGGUUUCUCACACAGUACAUGGAAAUCGAUGCUGAUUUAAUAGUGACCCACGAUGCCAUGGAUUGCCAGCUGGAUGUGUUGGCCGAUCGUAUUGUUACCUUAAAAAUACCCCAAUGGUCACGUUUAGGUCGCCUACGUAUGUCUCAAGCAUUCGGCAAGAAAAUGUUGGAUUUCUUUAUUGGCCGCAUGAUUUGUGAUGUCAAACGUUCGGCAGAGGAAUGCAUCAAAUCUAGAUCUUACGAUUUGCAGACUUUGUGCCAAAAUGUUUUGAAAAUCAAGGCAAAUGAACGCAUGGAUGUGAAUGAGGAAGAUCUCAGGGAAAUGUAUGAAACUGGCGACGGCAUUUUGAAAUUGUGCACUUUAACCAUGCAAGAUGCUUCCUUCAUUUUACGUCUAAUGUGUGAUUUGAAUAUAAUGCCCUUGGCAUUGCAAAUCACCAACAUCUGUGGCAAUGUGAUGACUCGCACCCUGCAAAGUGGUCGUUCCGAGAGAAACGAAUUCUUGUUAUUGCAUGCUUUUACGGAGAAAAAUUAUAUAGUGCCCGAUAAAAAGAAGAGGGAAUAUGUCGCCGCUGCUGGCGCUGGGGUUGCUAACACCACUAUGGGGGAGGGAAACGAUCUGGAGAAUACUACAAACAUAACGGCGUCUGCUGCUGGCGGUGGACGUAAAAAAGCCGCAUAUUCUGGUGGUUUGGUAUUGGAUCCUAUACGAGGCCUUUACGACAAAUACAUCUUACUUAUGGAUUUCAAUUCUCUAUAUCCCAGCAUAAUACAAGAGUAUAAUAUUUGUUUUACCACCGUUCAGCAGCCCUACAAUGUAGAAGAUUUACCCACUCUACCAGAAUCGAGUGUAGAUCAGGGUAUUUUGCCACAACAACUGCGGCGUUUGGUUGAGUCUAGACGUGAAGUCAAAAAGCUAAUGGCUGUACCGGACUUAUCACCCGAAUUGCAAAUGCAAUAUCACAUACGUCAAAUGGCUUUGAAGUUGACAGCCAAUUCCAUGUAUGGUUGUUUGGGUUUUGCCCACUCCAGAUUCUUUGCCCAACAUUUAGCCGCUUUGGUCACACACAAGGGUCGAGAGAUUUUAAUGAAUACCAAAUCGUUGGUACAAAAAAUGAACUAUGAAGUGGUUUAUGGCGAUACAGAUUCCAUAAUGGUGAAUACCAACAUCACCGAUUAUGAACAGGUGUUCAAAAUUGGCAGCACCAUUAAACAGAAUGUGAAUAAGUUGUACAAACAAUUGGAAUUGGAUAUUGAUGGUGUGUUUAGUUGUCUAUUGUUGCUGAAGAAAAAGAAAUAUGCUGCUGUAAAGGUGGUUAAAACGGCUAAAGGCGAAUUGAAGAAAGAGCAAGAACACAAGGGUCUCGAUAUUGUACGUCGUGAUUGGUCCCAAAUUGCCAUCAUGGUUGGUAAAGUCGUCCUAGACGAAGUUCUUUCGGAGAAACAACUUGACGACAAACUCGAUGCUGUUCACUCACAUUUGGAAAAGGUUAAAGAUCAAAUCCUUAAAGGUGAUGUACCCCUGCCAAUGUUCAUGAUUACCAAACAGCUGUCCAAAGCACCGGCCGAUUUUAACAACACCACUUCCCAGCCUCACGUACAAGUAGCCUUGCGUAUGAAUAAAACACGAAAUAGACGUUUUAAAAAGGGCGAUAUGGUUGAUUAUGUCAUUUGUCAAGAUGGCACUUCAAAUCCUGCUACUCAACGUGCUUAUCAUUUGGACGAAUUAAAGGGUAAUGAGACACUGAAAUUGGAUAAUGAUUAUUAUUUGGCUCAUCAAAUACAUCCGGUGGUUACACGUAUGGUGGAUGUUUUGGAUGGUACGGAUGCCAGCCGUAUUGCUGAAUGUUUGGGUUUGGAUCCAACCAAGUUUAGAGCUCAAGUUCAAAGAACCUACGAAGAACGUGCUGAAGAUUCAACCGGUGAAUCGUUAAUCAAAUCCACUCUGCAAAAGUAUCGUCAAUGUGAAAAAUUCAAAUUCAUUUGUGUUAAAUGCAAAACGGAAAACAUUGUGGCUGCUGCCUUUAAACCGUCGGCGAGUCAUUCAUAUGAAGCUGUUUUACAAAAAUGUACAAAUGCCGAAUGUACCAUAAGUCCUUAUCAAUAUGUUGUUGCCAUACGCAAUCAAUUAAUCCUGACCAUGAGACAGUACAUAAAACGUUUCUAUCAAAAUUGGUUGGUCUGUGAUGAUCCAGCGUGUAAUCAUAACAGUCGUUCUUAUACCCAUGUCACCAGUGGCAGCAGGCCAGUGUGUAUGCGUUGUAAAAAUGGUACUCUCGUACGGCAGUAUACGGAAAGAGAUUUGUUCAAUCAGUUGAGUUAUUUCCAAUACAUGUUUGAUUUGAGCAAGCAUCAACAUAAAAAUGUAAAUAUUACUCCCGAUGUCACGGCUGCUUAUCAUGUCUUGCGUGAAACUGUUGAUCAACAAUUACAAAAGUCAGCUUUUUGCACUAUUGCCCUGUCGAAGUUGUUUAUGAAUUUGAAACCAUUGUCGAAAAGUGAUGAAAUCUCACAUCAAAAAAUUUGUAUGCCUACGGUGGCUGCUAGUUUAGCAGAUUAAUGUUUUUUAGUUAAGAUUUUAUAUAAGGUAAAUUUUUCAACAAAAAAAAAAAUAUGUAUAUUUUAUUGCUUGCUUGCCUUUUCUUCUUUUAGAAGUGUAUAAAGGUUUUAUAUUUCAUUUUUAUUGUAGAUCUUAAUCAAUGUAAAAACGUUAUACUUUUCAUUUUACAUACAAAUACAAUAUUUUUACAUACUCUACUUACCCACAUACGUACAUUUUUACAAAUGUUUUAUUACAAUAUUUUAGUUUUUUGUAUAAAUAAAAAUCAAUUUUU